ACGUUACUUAAUUCUUUUCCCGACAUCAAGAGGCUAAGGAGGUAAUUGGCAAUUUGUGCCCACAUAAUAUAAUCUUUCCUCGAUAGGUAAAUUCCUCGACAUAGCAAAAACAGUCGAGAUCCCUCCAUUGGGCGUCAGCACGUCUGGAGCUCGUCAGAUGUUAUAGCAGAAAAAGAAGAAGAGAAAUGUCUUUGCCUAGCCCAGCACGGACCAGACCAGACCGAACUGGAGAAGAAGCAAAUGUUUAUGAAUUUUCCGUCAGACAGGGACGUGACAGGUAGCGGCGGUUCCUUAUUGGGUCAUAUCCUCUGAAACGAACUCGCACGAUAUCGGUCCUCCACGAAUCUUUCUCGAUGACAAUUGCAUCGUCAACUUUUGCAGCAUUUUCGAAAGCCCUUUUUUAUAAACGGUCAACGGGCUUCCCCUCUGGGAACGGGUGGGAAGGAUGUUUCUUCGAAACUUCCCAAUGGUUGCGACGUUGUCUUCUGGGUUCUAGCUAAGCUCCCGGCUUUCAUCUUGGGUUUCGCCGACAGCAUUCUGUUUUCUUUUUUGCUUUCCCCAUUUCCCCCACCUCGUGGUUUGUAUUGAUCUUAAUUCGGGUUUUGGGCUGUGGCGUGUGGCCAGAAAAGACUCGAUCUUUAAGAAAAACCGAAUAAGUUCUUCCCCCUUUCGGGUGCGUUCUUUCUCUGUUUUGGGUUUGGAAUCGGUUUCUGAUGCUCGAUGCGGGGUUCCUGGUGACAUUUGACGCUGCCCAUCUUGGAAAGGCCUCGGCUUUUUCUACGAGGAUAAUAGAUUCUGGACUGAUUUUAGGUGCGACGUUGCAUGGUUGAACAUUUUGAUUGGUUAUUUAGAGAUUAGCUAUCUUGGUAAUGGACGUAGCAAGAGAGGAAACAAUCAGUUUUAGGGAUGCAGAAGAAAUGGAUCGAGAAACCUCUGCAGAUACGCCUCUUAGAGAGACCACCACCCUCUAUAGAACCCGUUAUCCGGGGCUGGAGGCAAAAAGGGCCUAUAUAUUUGAUGGGCAGGGGAGGUUUUAUAAUAAGGAGUGGGAUCUAGCUGAAGGAAGUGGCAAUGAAUUUUGUUGGUACCAUGUGGAACUCCCGAAAGGAAACCAGAAGCUGUCGCAAUCCGCGCAGUAUCUCAUUGAUGUUCUUUGCCCACCUUUGAAGCUGCAAGACAUUCUGUCGCUGGUGAGUAAUGGACCAUUUGCGGACACGUUGAUGGGGCGCUUGUUUUAGGGGAUUAACUCGCCUGGUCCACCAUCUAGCGACUUUACAUUCAGAAUUGCUGCUAGGGUUACGGAGAACUCGGUUAUUACUGUGUCUCUAGGUCGCGUGCCUCGUUUGGGGUUCUCAAGGAUGGGUGAAUCUCUUCUCUCGGAAAUUCCUAGCAUAGAAAAUCCCUCUCUCGCCAGAGAUGAGCAGAAGGAAAGGGAGUGGAUUGUGAUAAAGGAGCAUGUCCUCGAGUUCUUGUUAACAAUGAAUCACUCUGAGGAGGCUGAUAACCCAGUGCCAAAAUCCGUCUCGAAUCUCCUUAUUCACAUUCUGAUACGCAUGUGGAUCAAUUGCAAAGACGUUGUAACCAAACUCGAGAUAGACCUGGAUUCAGUGGAGCUCGAAUUGGAUAAAGGUGGUUCUGCUUUGAAGAAACAAAUGCUGGAUAAUAGGAGAUUUCCAAAAAUGCAUCUUGAUUUGCAGCGGCUCUUGCAGGUGAUCGCCCAUGGUGAGCAGGUAUUCCCCCGUGUGAAAGAAAAAUGUUCUUCGAAAGUGUGGUUUGCCAGCGAAGAUAUCGGCUCUCUUGAAGAGUUAAUUGGACGUCUGAGAAGACUAAAGGAGAACGUGGGAUUCAUAGCAAACCGCGUGACGGCUGUCCAAGCUGGUCUAGAUAGCUGGCAGGCUGAGCAGAUAAAUAGGAAGCUAUAUUAUCUAUCAUUCCUUUCCAUAAUAUUCCUUCCCCUAUCAAUCAUCACUGGAGUUUUUGGCAUGAACGUGGGAGGAGUUCCAUGGACAGAUCAAAGGAACCCAGCAUUGAAGGACGGGUUCCGCAAUGUGAUGUUGCUUUGUGCGGGAUUGCUAUUUCUCGCGCUUCUCUGCUUCGUUUUCCCUGCUUUGUAUAAACGCUUGACCGAAUGGCAGAGUAAGAGGGUGAUGCAGAGAAGUUGGUCCCUCAACAGGAAGUCGUUUCUCAAGAGAACCCACAGGCACGACGAAAGAGGAGGUUAUUUGAGAAUAUGAAAGGAAGUUUCGAGCGGCGCUGCUAUAUAUAAGGCGGUACAUAUUUGUCUAUACUUGGCAAAAAGUUUUCCUCUCUCUGUUUGUAAUUGCCAGUUUUCAUCAUUUUCUGUUCUAUCAUUUCUCUCAUUAGUUUUCCUGGGAUGGGUUCUCAAACAUGGUACAAACAACACGGAAAGUCCCUCCUUAGUUGCUCUCUACACCCUUUUAGUGAAGUUUUAGGUCUAUUGAAUCAUUUCUUUAAUUGAGUUUUUCCCCCCUUCUUGUGGAGAAAUUUGACCUAUUGGUUGUAUCCUUGUUGACAGAUUGUACAGUGUCUCCUUUUCCCAUAAAUGUACUUCAAUUUUUUUUCCCUGGUAAGGAAAUUGGGUUGUAUUGC